CAACUAAUAGGAUUAAUAGGAUAACUUAAAUCCAUUAGUGGACCAAAGGUCACAUACGUACGUUGUUGUUUUUAAGUUACCUUUUUAAUUCAUUGUUUUGUUCGCUUAGGCCACUCUCAUGACAUAAAUAUAUGGAGAAAUAUGGCUUUUGACAGAAUUUGUCAGCUGUAAGUGCACAUGCGAAGACACACGAAUGCAGCUCACCCCUCUGGCAGGUCUGUGUCAUCAGAGGCGUUGAGGGAGGAUGAGUGACGGGCUGGUUAGUGAUUUGCAUUCUCUGGUGUUUAAAAGGACCUGCACGGUGUCGGAUUCUCCACACAGAUGGAUGGAUUCCUUCUCGAAGCACUGAGGCAUCACAGCUCUGGGUCUUUUCUUCUUCUAUUUGUGAAUCUUAACAAACCAGAAUAGCCUUUGAUUACUCUAAAGAGAGUUUAUUCAGUGGGCAUUUUUCUCACCGGAGAUAGAGACAAAAGCAGCAACGUAAAGGGAAACAUGGAGACAUUUGUACAGGCAAUAGCAACUGAACCGAACAGGCUUGCUAUGAUGACAUGGCUCAUAUUUGCGCACCUCCUCCUCCUGGGGUUAAGGGCCACCGACACCACCUCAGACACAUGGAGACGCUGCACAGAUUUGGUCCCUCUGGAUCUUUUGUCUUUUGUGCUGGAGAGGGACCCCUCCCAACUCACAGCAGGGGGGCACAUGAAGCAGGAGGAAGGGGUGAGAGGUGUGCACCUCUCAAGCCCUCAUGCCUCUAUGAGCUUUCCCUCUUCCCAGCUGCUGGUGGACUGCGACCUUUUCCCCAAAGAAUUCUCCAUUGUUGUGACAUUAAAAGUUACUGGCUUUUCUCCUAAGAGAAAUGAAUACAUCUUUUCCUUGAUGGGGCCAAAGCGCGUUAAGACAAAAAGAGUGGGGACAAAAGAAGAAAAGAACAAUAAAGAGGACGUUUUGGAAAGGAAUGCCGAGAGUUCUAACAGUGGAGGAGAACAACGCGGCGAGACGGAGAAGAAGCGGCGAGUCAAGAGUGAGGAAGAACGGGAGCAAAUCCUCCUGGGACUCAGGUUCUCGAAAAGACGUUUGCACUUCCUUUUUAGAGGUCACGAAGGGGUUGUGGAGCGCUGGAGGUUUCGAGGCGCUGGACUGGCUGACAACCACUGGCACACGCUGGUUUUGGGUGUUGGCAGUCAACGUGUCCGGCUCACAGUGGACUGCGGCAAAGCCCAGGAAAUUAUCCCUUCCAGGCCUUUCCCCUCAGACCUCAACAUUAGGGGAUCGAAAUUCAACGUUGGCAGUCGGGGGAGAUGGAAAGAAUUGUAUUCAGGUCUGUUGCGCCAGCUGGUUUUGGUGCCAGGUGUGGAUGCCACCCAUCAAAUCUGCCCGUCUUCGAACCCCCAGCUAGCAGUUCUCUCAGUUCCACCACUUCUGUUACACCCGCCUGCCACCGGUAGGGAGGGUCACGACCGCGUGACUUCCUACGAACUGAAUGAGCGCGUCUCAUUGGGCUUGGAGCGCUCAUGCUCCGAGCAGCUGCAAGGCCAAAUGUGGUUCAAUCCACUCAGGAGAGGCCUCUACCUCUGCGACGGUGCAGAGUGGGUCACCGUGCUGGAGGAUCAUAAACGACUUGACUAUGUGUUGGAACACCAGGUCCUGACCACCAGCUCAGAGACACACGAUGUAGAGGUUUUCCAUAUAGCCGGGAUGGGUCUGAUGGCUGCGAUGGCUCAUAGAUCCGCUUCUGGAUCAGCUGUGUAUCUGUGGAGCAAAACAGGUUUUCGUCUUUACCAGAAUAUCAGCACAUAUGGAGCUUUGGCUUGGAGACACUUCAGCAUGGGCAAGAAGAUAUUUCUGGUUGUGUCUAACUCUGUCGGAGGACCAGACAAGCGUAAAAGAUCAGAGACGGACACUUCUGUGAUUUACAAGUGGAGCAAAAGAAGAAAGCGCUUUGUGCGGUUCCAGACUCUGCAGACCCACUGCGCUCGGGACUGGGAGGCCUUUAACAUCGACCAACAAACUUAUCUGGCUGUGGCCAACCACAGACAGGGCGACAACAAUCACACCAUAGACAGUGUGAUAUACAAAUGGAACAAGCCAACAAAGUCCUUUGAGGUUCACCAGAUGCUGCCGACGUCGGGGGCCUACGACUGGGAGUUCUUCACAGUGGGACCGUACCACUUCCUAGUGGUGGCCAAUGCCUUUGAUGGAGUGACCACCUCUGUGGAUUCGGUCAUUUAUGUUUGGGUCAGUGGAAGCUUCCAGGUGUUUCAGGCAAUUAAGACGUUCUGCGCCACGGACUGGGAAAUGUUUCAAAUUGGAAAUAGAGUUUUUUUAGUCGUUGCCAAUGGACACAGGCUAAAUGGCAAUGGACCAAGUCAAUAUGCCAUCAACUCCACCAUCUACGAACUGGACAUGAAUGGGCAGGUGUUCGUCCGCUUCCAGGACAUUGUCACCUACAGUGCAGUGGACUGGGAGUUCUUCAGUCUCGGGGAGGAAUAUUUUAUGAUCGUCGCAAACUCCUUCAACGGAGAAUCCUACUCUCUCAACAGCAUUCUUUACAGGUGGCAGGGAUAUGAAGGAUUUGUUCCUGUUCAUUGGCUCCCAACGAUCGGGUGCAGUGACUGGGAGUUUUUCAGCUCUGAAGGAGAAUCAUAUCUGAUCUACUCUAGUGCCAAAGCCCCUCUCUCCAAAGUGUUUAAGCUGAAAACACACUAGCCAAAAAAAGUGUGUGCGUGUAGCUUUGCUCACUCUUUUUAUGUGUGUGUGUGUUCUUGUGUAAGACAAUAUUAACAAUAUUUUGUUUACCUCAUUUUUACGCAAAUGUUACGAGUUCAAGACUUUUACGGGAAUAUAUAUCUAUAUAUAUAUAUAUCUAUUUGUGUAAAAUAUAUAGUUAGUUUUCUAAUUUUCUUUAAUCACAUUUAAUAUUGACGAUUUUUUAUAUUGACUUGUAUGUUGUCAGAACAAUUACUGAUUAUUACUUUAUGUAUGAAUAAUAUUUAAAAUAAUUAUCCUGAAAUGGCAAUAAACCAGAUUGUAUAUGUUUGUAUAGAAAGUAGGAGUUGUUUAUGCAUCGGCUAACCUUCAGCCAUGGAGCAAGUAGCGAGGCAAACAGAAUCCUGGUGAGGUGUUUGAUUGGUAUGCAGGCGCUUUGGGCAGUAACUGACAUCCUUUGUAAACACGAACAACUAUUAAUAUUUUUUUUCCUACAGUUGGCUACAGAAGACUAAAAGCCCCAUAACUUCAUGACUCAACUUGUCGGAUAUUUUUAUUUUUUAUUGCUGCAAUUAUUGUUGGAAUAAUAAUAAUGAGAUGAAUAUAUAAACGUGUAAGGGCUAUAUCAGAAGGCGGCGGUAAAGUACAGAAUUGUAAAUAAACAUUGCUAAUGAUGUUCAAGUAAUGCAA